GAACAACAAUAAUAAUAAUAAAUAGGUGGUCUCUUCUCUCAAAUCUUCUCCAGUCUUGAAUUUUUCUUAUUUUAAGUGCUAUUAGUACCCUUACGUUCCUUUAUACAAAACAUACCCAACCUCUGUGGUCUGGUAUCUCUGAUUACUCCAUCAUCCUCAACUGCAGCAUUUCGCCAUGCAUCGCGCACUUCUGCUCCCAGAAAUUGUUGCAACGAUUCUAGAGACAAACAGCUCAAGCCCUGGCUUCCUACACACAUGUCUCUUUAUCUCCAAAACAUUCUCAGAAGAAGCAUGUAGAAUUCUGUGGCACGCAUGCGGAGCUUACUGCUUUGCUGAACAUGGAACGCCUAAUAUUAGACAUCUCGCUCAAAUCGCCAUUCGAGACACUGGGAGAGCGCAAUACUAUGCAGAUUUUGUACAUGUGCUUGGGUUUUCAGAAGAAGAAAAAGAGGAAGAGGAGGAGAACGAGGGUGAUGAUGAGACGUGUCUCGAUGAAGCAAGGUGGCAUAAGGAACUCGCUUCCUUGCAAUUCCCUCAGUUACAAGAAUUCAGCCUUCAAGAAUCGAGUAACGCAACUGAAUUGAAUGCGGGAGAGUUUAUUAUGCACUACGCGCAACCGAACUUGGAGAGUUUCACGGUGUACCAAGGAAGCCGCAUUUCCGAUGCUCUGUUUGACAAACUAACAGAAUCUUGCCCAAAACUGAAAUCUCUCCAUCUCAGUAAAAUAAGCGCAAGUAAUCUAUCCAAAGAUGGACUCAUUCGAUUUUUGAGUAGGGCGGAUGCACUUACCGCCCUCGUCAUUCAAAAUGGAGUUCACGAUAGUUGGUCCUACGAGGCAUUUGAAGCCAUAGCCAAGCUUCCGAAUCUGACCUAUAUCGAAAUUCCUGAUAUCCAAAACGAUUGGGUCAACUCCGUUCAUCGCGCAAACCCUUCUACUUUGUUGUUUCCAAAAUUGGAUGCCCACUUGAGUACCGGCAUUUCUGAGCGCGAUUUAGAAUGCUUGGCUUACCAUGUCCCCAAAUUGGAGGAUCUAUCUAUCACUUUACAAAAUUUGCCCCCAUCACUUAGUAUCCUGGCAUCUGCAUCGAAUUUCUCACUUCUCACAAACCUCAAAGUCGAAUUUGGACCACGGAGUCGUAUCAGCGGCAGCGAUCUUCUACUUCUCGCACGGAAGUGCCCUUUACUAUCUUCUAUUUCGCUUGGAGAAGUUGACGAUAGCGCGUUUUCUCCACCGGGCCCUGCAUCCCGUCCUUCAAUUACUGGUAUUACUGAUGAUCUUAUUGACGAGGUCGCUCAAGCAUUGGGAGAUAGUAUUAUCUCUUUGAGAAUCAUUUUUGACCGCUCAGAUCUACUCACAUGGAAUUCUAUUCUUUCUCUCGCUCAUUAUUGUCAUAAUCUAGGAGAUUUGACAAUAUCCUGCAACUUUAACUGGCAAGAGACUAUGAGUGGCACGUUCGAAAACACUUUUCCCGUCCUCGAAAACAUUGAUUUUAUCUUCGAUAGUAUUUUAAGGGAAUCGCAGGUUGUAAAUUACGACGAAGAAAUGAUCCAGAGUUGUGCACAGAAAAUGUUUGAAUUAGCACCAAAACUAUCGGUGUUCUGGAUUGAUGGUGCAAAUGAGAGCGACAGCCGCUGGGAGUCGACUGUUCAAAAAACAUUCUACGACAAUUGGAGUCCUCCCGAGGUUACGGAGAAUUGAUCCCAUGGCAGGUAUCUGGAAAAGUCUCUCUGUGCAGAAAAUCGUUGAGAAUUGCAAAGAGCCCCUGCGGAGCGUUUAUGUCUAGAGAGAUAUCUGACCAACCAUCCGAAAGACUGGUGGUUAAUAGUAUGUGGCUAGAUUGCGGAACCAGUGUGACUAAUUGGCGAUUUGACUAGUUCAGUGUUUGUAAUGCUCGAUACCGGAAAUGUUAUCCAGUCAAAUCCAGAGAAGAAAUCGCGAGAACUUGAUAUAUCUGCGAUCAGAUCAAAUGCUUAUAUAGAGUUGUUCAGAAUAUAGCUAGCAAUAUCA